GGCGGGAAAAACGUGCACUUCAGGCCCCGCGCCUGCUCUGUGUUUUACACCUCGUAUCUGGCAACGCCUGCAGGUCCUCGCAUUGCUGUCGUCACUGAGGUCGGGUAGAAGGAGCGAAGAUGGCGACUUGCUACGAGAGAUACAAUUUGCACACGACCCCUGAGAAGUUCUUCAUCGAGGCCUGCGAUGAGGGUGCCGAUGCUGUGCUGGCAAUCGACAGGGUCUCGAACGAGAUGACCCUCACAGGUAAAAAGGACGUUCCUCCCUCUGCAGUUACCAGGCCUAUCUGUGGCAUCAUGGGAACUAUCCGCCUGGUAGCAGGGAUGUACCUCGUUGUCAUCACCAGGAAGAGAAAUGUCGGCAGCCUUCUGGGCCACGCUGUGUGGAAGGCUGCGGACUUUGACGUGAUCUCUUAUAAGAAGACGGUGCUGCAUCUGUCUGAGAUACAGUCUCAGGAGAAUAAGACCUUCCUCUCUAUGCUGAACAAUGUGCUGACCACGGACGGCUUCUACUUCUGCACCGACUUCGACCUGACGCACACGCUGCAGCGGCUCGCCAACACCAGCCCUGACUUCCAGGAGAUGAGUCUGCUUGAGAGGGCUGAUCAGAGGUUUGUGUGGAACGGGAACCUGCUGAGGGAGCUGGCUGGGCAGCCCGAGCUUCACAAGUUUGCCCUUCCCGUCAUCCAUGGAUUCAUCGUCAUGAAACCGUGCCGUAUAAACGGGAAGAUCUUUGAGUGGAUCCUCAUAUCGAGGAGAAGCUGCUUCCGGGCUGGCGUCAGAUACUACGUGAGAGGCAUCGACUCUGAAGGCCAUGCUGCCAACUUUGUGGAGAGUGAGCAGAUCGUUUUGUAUGAGGGAGCAAAGGCUUCAUUUGUGCAGACACGAGGCUCGAUGCCCUUUUACUGGAGUCAGAGACCCAACCUCAGAUACAAACCCAAACCUAUAAUCAGCAAAACCACAAAUCAUAUGGACGGCUUCCAGAGGCAUUUCGACUCUCAGCUCCUCAUCUAUGGGAAGCAAACGAUUCUGAACCUGGUGAAUCAGAAGGGCUCAGAGAAGCCACUGGAGCAGGCCUUUGAUAGGAUGGUGUCUGGCAUGAAUAAUGAUAUGCUCAAAUACAUAGCCUUCGACUUCCACAAAGAGUGCAGCCACAUGAGGUGGGACCGUCUCCAGAUCCUAGUGGAUGCUGUUGCUGACAAGCAAGAGGAAUACGGGUACUUCAUGGUGAACUCGGAGGGAAAGACGGUGGCCCAGCAGAAAGGCGUAUUCCGCAGUAACUGCAUGGACUGCCUGGACAGGACCAACGUCAUCCAGAGCCUGCUGGCUCGCCGCUCGCUGCAGUCUCAGCUCCAGAGGAUGGGGGUUCUGAAUGUGGGGCAGCGCAUUGAAGAGCAGGCCGAGUUUGAAAAGAUCUACAAGAACGCAUGGGCUGACAAUGCCAAUGCAUGCGCUGUACAGUACGCAGGAACUGGAGCCUUAAAAACAGACUUCACAAGGACAGGGAAGCGGACCAGGUGGGGGCUGCUGAUGGACGGCUGGAACUCGAUGAUCCGUUAUUACAAAAACAACUUCUCUGAUGGAUUCAGACAGGACUCCAUCGACCUGUUCCUGGGUAACUUUGCCGUCGAUGAGUCGGACGGACCCACUCCGCUUCGUGUGCAAAAGGACUGGAAGUUCCUCACACUGCCCAUCAUUAUGCUGGUGGCAUUUUCCAUGUGCAUUGUCUGUCUUCUCAUGGCUGGUGAUACAUGGACAGAGACCCUGGCUUAUGUGAUGUUCUGGGGUGCUGCAAGUGCAAUUACAGCCACUAUCAUCCUGUUUAAUGGCCAAGACUUUGUGGACGCCCCCAAGUUGGUUCACAAGGAGAAGAUGGACUAAGUGUGCGCUUGUGUGUGUGAGGAUGAGCUGGGUCCGGCGGGCUCGUAUACCUCAUCAUCUUCACCUUCGGCAGGUCUGGAGUCCAGGCUGACCUGCCGCCUCCGUGUUGCCCUCUGGACUUUCUCAUACAAAACAGUGUCUGUCUUCUGUCUGCAGCACAUGUGACCACCUUCAGUUGUACUACACACACGUGCUUUUCAUCUAAUUUCGUUUCCCUUGGUCCCCAGGCUUUAGUUUGCCGUUGGUUUAGCUAGCUGGGUUUCGUUGGUGUUGGUUGUUUCCAUGACUACACUACCACUGUGUUUCCCUUUGUUUGGGCUUGUUUGUGCUUUCUUUCCCCGUACGUUAGCUUCAGCAGUCGUGGCGAUGAAACAUGCAGAUAUUAAAACCUAUGUUGUAUUGCAAUGAAAAGUAUGCACUCUGGAAGUUUUGAAUGUAAUGAGCCUUACUUGUGUAUUGAUUAUAUAACUAUGUGGCCAAUCUGUCUUCCUAUGAAGCGACCUUAGAAAAGCGCCGGUGACCUUGUUCUUUGUAGAAGCACAAACUGUGGCCGCACACACCUGUGACAGAGCCGUCAGUGGUAAACGUUUGGCUUCAGGGUUACAGGCUUGAUUUGCUCCAUUUCAGCUUUAUACAGGGUCAAGAAUGAGGGUCUCAUCUGAGCCACCUGCAGGUGACCACAGCACACUACAGCGUACUGCUUUAUGUGCACGAUAUCAUCAUUGGGUUUGGGCCUCCAUGGCUGAGGCUUGCCUUGGUGAUCAAACGUGCCCUCGGCCUUUGCAUGGUUCUCUAGCUUAAAUGAAUGCCAGGAACCAAAGUUUCUGGCAGUCCGACGAUAACCAGGCGGUCAUGUUGUCCUCUUCAGCUGCAGUGGUUUCAGGUUGACCUGCAGCAGCAUGUCUGCAUCGCUGUUGCAGGUUUUCAGAGCUGGUGCUGGAUGUAGCGGAAAAAUGACACCCUUUUCCCAAAUACUGUCAGGUGUGACAGAGUAAGGUUCUUACUGUAGUUUGAGAAUACCAAAUGAUUUAGUUGUUAAAACAUUCUGUGGAUUUAUUCUUAAGGUGCAGCUUUCUUGGUCAUUAACCCAGGACACCAUCUUAAACCAGUCGUUACCUUGGUUAUGGUCCUCGUUCGUUCGAGAUGAGGCACAGGGUCACACCUCAUCACGUGUCCACGACCCGAGAUCACUCGUUCCCGUGGAGCUGCCAGUGAGCUCAAAUGUUCGGUCUAGCUACUUCUUCACCAGCUUAUACAGUAUGCAAUCAGCUGUGAACUCUGGACACAUCCUUGUGUAUUUUGAACAGGACAUUUGUAUUAGAGUAGACUGAGCGAUGGUUUGAUCUGGACGCUGCAGCUCUCGGUCUUUCCUGCACCUGCAGCGAUCUGACGGGUCCGUACUGUCUUCUGUCCACCAGUGGACUCAGUGACAGGGGCUCAACAUGUGGUUCGUGUGUUUUCACGGCUCGGCAGCGAGUCACGCUCGUUUUCUUUAUUUCAUGUUGUGGUUUUAGAAAAAUGCGACAAACACAUUUCAGAAACAUUUGUCAUGUUAGGACAUAAUAACAAGAUUCUCUUUUCUGAUCUUUAAUACUCUGUAAGCUCUGAGUAGUACGCACAUCGUCUCUCCACACAGACGAUGAUCUCUGUGAAGUACAGCUGACGUUGGUGUUUUUAUGUCUGACUGUUGCUGAUAAUCGUCACAUAUUAGGAACACUGGGAGUGUACGACUAAACAACACGUCCUGUCUCUGUUUUGUGGUGGAAAAUGAUCUCGUGCUUCUUCAGCACUCUCCUUCCAGGACCAGACUUUAUCUUUGUUAAUAAACUGAACACGCAGAUGUUACAGCA